AUGUCUAGCUCCGAUUCCUUAAAAUUCCUGCCGCAAGGUGGCAUUAUCCAAGAAUUCAACAUUGGUGGGAAGAACAUUGUGCUUGGCUUCCCAUCUGCGGAAUCCUACAGGACUAAGCACAGCCCGUUCUUCGGCGAGAACAUUGGACGUCUUGCGAAUCGUGUUUCCGGCGCGAAAAUCAAUAGCUUGAAUGGAAAGAGCUAUAGCUUGGUAGCCAACAAUGGACCCAACAGUCUCCACGGUGGAGCUGUUGGAUGGGGUAAGAAGGAUUUCGAGGGUCCCACUCCUGUCAGCAGGAAUGGCAAGGAGUCGGUGCUCUUCAAAUACCUGAGCAAGGACGGCGAGGAGGGCUACCCAGGAACAGUUGAGCUGCGCAUGUGGUAUAUCACUAGCGUUGACAAGCACGAGGGAGUGGACAAGACGAGCCUUGAGAUUGAGUAUGAGGUAGAGCUUGUCGGGGACGAGUGUGAAGAGACUGUCGUGGGCGUCACCAACCACAGCUACUUUAACAUCUCUGACGGUCCAACAAUUGAAGGCACAAAGGUCAACGUGUCGUCAAACCUGCACCAGGUGACAGACAAGGACGACAUCCCAACAGGAGAGAUUAAGCCAUUCCCGGGCAUACCCGCAAACGAGGAGGUUACCCUUGGCGCUAAGGAGCCAGCUCCUGAUCACUGCUUCAUUGUCAACAACGACCCAGCCUCUGUACCGAUCGACACUCGUCAGCUCGAGAUGAAGCGUUUGAUAUCGCUCUAUCAUCCCAACACAAAGAUCCACUUUGAAGCGUUGAGCACCGAGCCAGCCUUCCAGUUCUAUACUGGCGCCCACAUUGACGUACCAGAGAUGGACGGCCUACCUGCUCGUGGACCACGAAGCGGUAUGUGCAUCGAGGCCAGCCGCUACGUGAAUGCUAUCAACGACGAGAAGUUGAGACAUAUGGUCGUACUCAAGAAAGGGCAAAAGUUUGGUAGCCGCACGAUCUAUCGAGGCUGGAAGGCAUAG